AUGAUUCUUGCUCCUCGAGGUGGUCGUGGUAUCAUCGAAGGCAUUCUUAAUAAGGAUGAUCGAUGGAGGGAGAAGUUCUUCGUUUUUAAGAUAAACUCGGCGUCGGAAGGAGACUUCGAUUUCGAGAGGAUCCCUCGGGAAUGGUCCGACGAUAUUGACCCUUUUGAAUCUGCGCCUAUGUCUCCCGAGCUUCGUGGGUUAAUGGAGACUUUGUGUCGAGGUAGCACUCGAUGGCUCUCCUUUACUCCUGACCGAAUUCGAGCCGCCUGCGCUCUCCCACCGGGGAAGAAGGAGAAAGUGGGGAUGCUCGAUCGUCCUGGCGAAUCUUAUGAGGCCGGGUCAUUAGAGCGAGCUCGGAAAGUCCAGCGGGGGCGGGUCCUUAGACCGAGGUCGCAGGCUCAGUCUCCUGGUCUUCUUGCUAGGCCAGUGUCGGUCGCUUUUCCAUCUGGUGGAGCUCGAAAGGCACCGGAUACUUCGGCGAGCUCUGCUGGUGAUCGAGCUCUGUUGGUGAUCGAGCUCUUAACGACGAGAUCGAUUCGUGUCUCAUCGAUCUCGACGUCGGGGAAGAAGGAGAAAGUGGGGAUGCUCGAUCGUCCUGGCGAAUCUUAUGAGGCCGGGUCAUUAGAGCGAGCUCGGAAAGUCCAGCGGGGGCGGGUCCUUAGACCGAGGUCGCAGGCUCAGUCUCCUGGUCUUCUUGCUAGGCCAGUGUCGGUCGCUUUUCCAUCUGGUGGAGCUCGUGAGGCACCGGAUACUUCGGCGAGCUCUGCUGGUGAUCGAGCUCUGUUGGUGAUCGAGCUCUUAACGACGAGAUCGAUUCGUGCACUUCGCGGGUUAACCCCGGUGUCCUUCCUUCGAGCGUGCCCGAAGCUUUUUCGUGGUCGUUUGGGUAUGACAGCGAGGUCCCUAUCCUUGAGAACCCCAGAGAUCCCUAUCCUUGAGAACCCCGACUCCCUUGCAGCGAUUUGGUGUAAGGUCAGAGCAGAAGGAUGCGAGCUCCCUUCUUUGGAGCACAUGCGAGAGCGCGACGCCUAUGUUCGGAUGGCGGUCGCAAAUGCCAAGGAUAUGGAGGCGAGCAACGAUUAUGCCGCUUUAAUGGAGGGGCGAUUGGCAAAUUUUCCUAGUAAGGAAGAGAUCGCGGGUCACCUUCUCACGAUCCAACAGCUUCGGGGUGAGUUGAAUGCUGCUCGGGAGGCGGAGAGACAGCGCGAAGUGGAGAUUGAGGAAUUGAAGAAGAAGUUGGCGGCUGUUGAGGCAGAAAAGGUCGUUGUUCAGAGCGACCUUGACUCGAUGAAGGAGAAGUAUAGGCGAGAGUUCGAAGGUCGGGAUAGGAAAGCUCGCAAAGAUCUCCAUCUAGCUCGUGUCUCUCUUGCGAAGGAGUACGAGGGGGAUUUUGGCUGUGGUCAAGGUGAGGGCGGCUUCGAGCUCGAGACGGAGUUGGAGCGUCUUAAAGACCUGGAGGUUUUGCGCGACGUCGAUUACGGUCUUGCUUCGGUGUCAGACCCUUCUCUCGGUCGUCUCGAUCUCCCCGAGAUCUCCGGAGACUCAGUCAACCAGGAUUGA